AUGAAGAACUUCAUCACUAUCGCUGCCUUCGCUGCUGGCACCAACGCUCUCGUUAGCCGCAGUGAUAGCUGCUGCUUCCACCUUACCUCCUCUGGUGGUGCUUCAGGCAAGCUUGGCCAGCUGAGCGAUGGUCAGAACCGCAUUGGCGAUAACAGCCUGUCGCCUGCUCAGUACUGCAUCGAUUCGAAGGGUGCUAUCACGGACUCCAAGGGUCGUGGUUGCAUUCUCACCCCUCCCACUACUCAGUUCCAGUGUGAUGAGGGUGCUUCUCCCACCCCUGGCUUCUCCCUCAGCGCUCAGGGUAAGCUCGAAUAUCACGGAAGCAAGGACUUUGUUGCCUGUGCUACGGGCCAGAACGGUGGUCUGAACGUCUACACCACCCCCAGCAAGUCGGAUGUCACCGGUUGCGUGAACGUGGAGUUGACUGCCGACUCCUGUUCAAGCUCUGGCUCUGGGUCUGGCUCGUCAUCAUCCGCUAGCGCUGUUCCAUCUUCUUUCGGAUCCUCCAGCGCUCAGUCCAGCCCCUCUACUCCUGUCCCCCAGUCUACCCCUGCUAGCUCUGCUUCUGUAUCCGAGUCGACUCCCGGAUAUGGCACUGGCUCUUCCGCCCCUGCACCCUCAAGCUCUGGUCCCGCUUCCUCGGCCCCAUCUGAGUCUCCUCUCUCUGGCUCUCCUAUCACGGUCGUGAACACUAUUACUGUCACCGACUGCAGCUGCUCCGCCACUGCUCCUGGCAGCGGUGAUGGCUCCGGUAGUGCCAGCAGCAGCCCCCAGCCAACUGGCUCUACCCCAGCUCCCUCUAGUGGUGGCUCACACCCCAGCGGUUCCGGCAGCGCAUCUGUCCCCGCUAGCUCUGCCUCUGCCAUUCCUUCAGCCACCAAGUCCUCCAGUGGCUCCUGCCCUACCACUCUCACUACCGGCAGCUACGAGUACCCCCACCUGAUUAUCCCCGUUGACUCUUCCUCGCCUGAUACCGCGGCUGGUACUUCCUACAAUGGUACCGUGAGCUCCACGAUCUCGAGUGCAUUCAACUUCGAUAUUCCCUCAUCCGACUCCGGCAAGACUUGCAGCCUCGUCUUCCUCUUCCCCGAGCUCCAAGACCUCGAGACUUCGUCCUACAGCUUCAACGGUGACGGCAAGAUCGACUUCGCUAAGCUCUCUUCCGCCGUCGACGAGUCUACCACCUUCAACAAUAUGCCUUCCGUGUCCCAGGACCUCGGCGACAUCACCGUUUCACCCGGCAACUCGUACGUUGUCUCCACCUUCGCUUGUCCCGCCGGCGAGACUGUCGCCUACGAGAUGAAGAGCUCUGGCAGCACAGACCUUAACUUCUUCGAGGACUACAACCCCUCUCCUCUCGGUCUGUACAUCACUACCUGCUAA